AGAAGGCGGUUCAGUUUGUGCCGCCGCUGCCGGCGGUUUCAGAAUCGAGGAAUCCUCGGGUUCUUUUACCCCGCCACCGAAAAGACGAAACUUUUCUCUUGCAAUUCGAGACGACUGACAAAUCUUGAUUCCGCCCAUUCAAAAAUCUCUAUCUCCUUCCUCAUGUGCAGAUCAAGAAAAGCCACAGACUCGAUCCAACCCAACCUGAAGUGCCCAAGGAGAGCCCCCUCUUCCUCCUCCAAAGCCUCCUCGAUUGACCCAUCAUCGUCGUCCAACUUCUUCACCGUCACUUCCACCGCCACCGCCUCCUCCUCCUUCAACAACCGCCACCACCGUUCCUCCCCCUCCGACUCGUCCUCCCUCCCCACCACCCCGUCCUACUCCCUCCCCGCCCACCUCAAGCACCACCUCCACGACACCCCCAAGAUAUACCCCCUCUCCGACCUCUCCUCCGCCACCGGCAACUUCCUCCUCCGUCGCCUCUCCCCCUCCUCCUCCGCCUGGCGCUGCUCCCUUCGCGGCCGCGACGUCGCCGUCUUCCGCCGCGGGCUCCGCCGCCCCGUCGGGCUCCCCCGCCUCCGCGAGCUCCUCGCCUCGAUCUGCAGGAGCCACCACAGCAGCGUCGCGAAGCUACUCGGCGCGUCUCUCUCGGAGAGCGAUGUCUACCUGGUUUACGAGUACGUGAAGGGCGCGAGCCUCUGCGAUUGCCUCAGGAACCGGGUCAACCCGGACUACUCGGCGCUCGCUAGCUGGGCCUCGAGAAUGCGGGUCGCGACGGACGUGGCUCAUGGGUUGGAGUACAUCCACCACUGCACGGGGAUGAACGGGUCAGGCUUUGUCCAUAACCGGAUCAAGAGCUCCAGCAUCGUCGUCACCGAAGAUUCGUUGAGCGCCAAGAUCUGUCACUUCGGUAUGGCGGAGCUGUGCGGCGAAGUGGCGGAGGAGGACGAGCCUCUGUCGUCCCCAGACACAGCCAAACCGAAGAGAACCAACAGCAGCGCAAUGAAGUUUGAGGGAACGAGAGGCUACAUGUCACCGGAGUUCCGUUCCACGGGGACCCCGACCCGGAAGUCCGACGUCUAUGCAUUCGGAGUCGUGGUGCUCGAGCUGUUGUCCGGGGAGGAGCCGCUGAAGUACUCCUUCGACGGAGAGAGCGACGAGCUCAGGAGGACGAGCGUGAUUGAGGGGGCGAGAGAGGCGGCGGCGGGAGCGAGCUUGAGGCGGUGGGUGGACAAGAGGUUGAAGGACUCGUAUCCAGUGGAAGUCGCGGAAAAGAUGGUGGAGUUGGGGUUGGAGUGCGUCGACGACGACCCGGAGAAGCGGCCCGACAUGGGUCGGGUCGCCGGUAGGGUCUCGAAGUUGUAUCUGGAGUCCAAGAAGUGGGGUGAGAGGUUUGCUCUGCCCCAGGAUUUUUCGGCCUCCAUGGCACCGAGGUGACCAUGAUAUGUUUGGCUUGGUCCGAUCCAAAUAGAUCCAUUUUAACUCGUUUACCUAUCCAUUUGCAGUAAAUAGGUUGAGAUUUGUGAAUAUGGUGGAUUUUUCACAGGGGGUUUUUCCUUUCGGAUUCACCAUGAAUGGUCAUGGUUUGGUUUCUUAUUUUAUUU